AGAGUAACCUUUGACCAAAAAUAGUCCAUUUUCAACAAGGGAAAAUGACUAUGCUUGGGCAACAAGGACAGUGUAAGUUUGAUGAAAAAUGGCCGUCCAUGAGACCUACUGUUCUGAAGCUUCUACGUCAAGAAUCUGUCCCCAGACAGGAGUGGCAUGAUUUGUUUUGGUAUGUCCACUCAGUUUGUAUGUGGGAUGAGAAAGAAGGCCCUACUCAUAUCUAUGAGGCCUUAGAGAAAGAUAUUCUUGAAUUUAUCAAGCAAGCACAGAGUAGAGUACUUCAGCACAAAGAAGAAUCAGCUUUACUCCGUGCCUACAUAGCCGAGUGGGGAAAAUUUUUUACCCAGUGUGACUACCUGCCCAAACCCUUCACUCAGCUGGAGGCCAAUUUGAUGGGAAAGUUACACAGCAGUAUGCCCAAAAAGUCUCAAGCACCAGAUGAAAGCCUGGUCAGGAAGCUGAUGCUGGACAGUUGGAACUCCAGCAUUUUCUCUAACAUCAAAGACAAGCUUCAGUACAGUGCCAUGAAACUUGUCCAUGCAGAACGCCAUGGGGAAGCUUUUGAUACACAGCUGGUAAUUGGAGUCAGGGAAUCCUAUGUGAACCUUAGCUCUGACACAGAAGACAAACUGAAGAUCUACUGUGAGAACUUUGAGAAAGCUUACCUCGAAGCAGCAGAGAAUUUUUACAAACAAAAUGCCCCGACAUAUCUAGAACAAAAUGGUGUCCAGAAUUACAUGCGGUAUGCUGACAAUAAACUAAAAGAGGAGGAAGCAAGAGCUAAACGUUACCUGGAGACUGGCUAUGGCUGUAACUCUGUCAACAGUUUAACAGAUUGCUGUGUUAGAGCGCUGGUGACAAGCUUUAAGGACACUAUCCUAGCUGAGUGUGCCAGCAUGAUAAAAAAUAACGAAACAGAAAAGUUACGGCUGAUGUUUAGCCUGAUGGACCGAGUGAGUGAUGGCAUCCAGCCCAUGCUGCAGGACCUGGAGACACAUAUAGUCAGUCAAGGUCUGGCGGACAUGAUGGCAGCAGCUGAAACCAUCACAACAGAUUCAGAAAAAUAUGUAGAACAACUUUUAGAACUGUUUAACAGAUUUAGUAGAUUGGUAUCUGAUGCUUUCAAUGAUGACCCCAGGUUUCUAACCUCUAGAGAUAAGGCCUACAAAACAGUUGUAAAUGAUAUUUCAGUCUUUAAACUGGAGAUACCUGUCAAAAAUAAGGGCCUGGGUGCCAAAUCUCAGCCUGAGUCCAAAUGUCCAGAACUCCUGGCCAACUUCUGUGAUAUGUUACUGAGGAAAACCACUGUCAGCAAACGUCUGACUCCAGAAGAGGUGGACAAAAAGUUGAAAAAUGUUCUGUUGGUGCUCAAGUAUGUACAAAAUAAAGAUGUCUUUAUGAGGUACCACAAGGCUCAUCUGACUCGUAGGCUCAUACUCGACUCAUCUGCUGACAAUGAGAAGGAAGAAAACAUGGUCGAGUGGCUUAGGGAUGUUGGUAUGCCGGCUGACUUUGUCAACAAACUCCAGAGAAUGUUCCAGGACAUCAAGGUGUCUGAAGACCUGAACUAUGAGUUUAAAGAAGCCCAUAGAAACAACAAUGAAGGCAUUGCAGAUGCAAUCAACAUAAAAAUUUUAAAUGCUGGAGCCUGGGCCAGGUCCAGUGAGAGAAUGCCAGUCUCACUUCCCUUAGAGUUGGAAGACUACAUCCCCCAGGUUGAAGAAUUCUACAAGCACAAACAUAGUGGCAGAAAACUUCAGUGGCAUCACGCUAUGUCUAAUGGGGUGAUAACUUUCUCUAAUGACGUGGGCCGCUAUGAGCUGGAGGUAACAACCUUUCAAAUGGCUGUUUUAUUUGCAUGGAAUCAAAGGCCACGUGAACGCUUGUCUUAUGAAAGUUUAAAGUUGGCCACAGAGCUGCCAGAUAAUGAAUUAAGGAAAACACUCAUGUCCCUGAUGGCAUCAAAAAAUAAAAUUUUGCUGAGCUCUCACGAGAUCAAGACCCUGAGAGACUUCAGCGACAACACAGAGUUCUGGAUCAAUCAACAGUAUGCCCACAUGAAAUCCGGCAAAAUACAGAAAAGAGGAAAAACAAAUUUAAUUGGCCGCCUUCAACUAACAACAGAAAAAAGUCGAGAAGAAGACAACGAAGGUAUCAUGCAGUUGAGAAUCUUGCGUGUACAGGAAGCCAUUGUAAAGAUCAUGAAGAUGAGGAAAAAGCUCACCAAUGCAGCCCUACAGACUGAACUGGUGGAGAUCUUAAAAAACAUGUUUUUGCCUUCCAAGAAACUGAUCAAAGAACAAAUUGAGUGGCUGAUAGAACACAAGUACAUGAGGAGGGAUGAAGAGGACAUCAACACUUUUAUCUACAUGGCCUAGUAUGUGGUUGGUCCAGUAAAUGAAUAAAUUGGUGUUGAUCCAGUGAAUGAAUGAAUAGAUUGGUGUUGAUCCAGUGAAUGAAUAGAUUGGUGUUGAUCCAGUGAAUGAAUAGAUUGGUGUUGAUCCAGUGAAUGAAUAGAUUGGUGUUGAUCC